AUGCUGGCAGUCACCAGCCUCGCUCACAAAGCUGGUAGCUUUGCAUGGCCUGUUUCCCAAUCACAGGUCGCGCAGACUGCAGACUUGUGGGACUGUUCUCUUUGCAGCUGGUGCUUUCCCUCGCCACCACAGCCACGGCAGACAGUCGAUGCUCUUGAUCGGGCGAAGCAGUGUGCAGCCACAAAUGCAGAGACGGAGCAGCACCCGGUCUGCAAGUUGGGCACCGUAGCCGCACGCGAUGUGCGGAGCAUGCCCCUGAACAUGGAACGAUGCACGACGGGAUCCUGUGUGGACGCCACCAUCAGUGCAAGCGGCUGUUCCAUGCACACAGGGCGCAUGUUCGGCACACUGCGUGUGGCUUGCCGAGAUCAACGCAGUAACCCUUGA